UCCGGCGGACCCAACGUCAUUGGUAUCGUCAGUUCCUGCUGGUGGCGGUGUGGACGGUGGGGGUCCUGGCCGCCGGUUCUCUGCUUCUCCCCUUCCCCUACUUUCCUCCUUCCUCCCUCCCUCUCCCUCCUUCCGCGGCUGUCGGUCGCGGGUCGCAGGCUCCCCGACCCAUCCCUAACCUUUUCCUGGCCUCGGUGUCUCGGGAUUAGCCUCCUUUUCCCGUUUCCCGGGCCAUCGCCAGUGUCAGGGCGGGGGCCUUGAGAAGCCGGAGGCACUGCAUUUGAGAAGGAAAAGAACGAGGCAACCCCCGCUCCCCAUCUCGCUCCCUGGGUUCGUUGCCGCCAUGGCCAUGAGGCAGACUCCGCUCACCUGCUCCGGCCACACGCGGCCUGUGGUUGAUUUGGCCUUCAGUGGCAUCACGCCUUAUGGCUAUUUCCUAAUCAGCGCGUGCAAAGACGGUAAACCUAUGCUACGCCAGGGGGAUACAGGAGACUGGAUUGGAACUUUUUUGGGUCAUAAGGGUGCUGUUUGGGGUGCAACGUUGAAUAAGGAUGCCACCAAAGCAGCUACAGCCGCUGCAGAUUUCACAGCCAAAGUGUGGGAUGCUGUCUCAGGAGAUGAAUUGAUGACCCUGGCUCAUAAACACAUUGUCAAGUCUGUAGAUUUCACGCAGGAUAGUAAUUUGUUGUUAACUGGAGGACAGGAUAAACUGUUACGCAUAUAUGACUUGAACAAACCAGAAGCAGAACCGAAGGAAAUCAGCGGCCAUACUUCUGGUAUUAAAAAGGCUCUGUGGUGCAGUGAGGAUAAACAGAUUCUUUCAGCUGAUGAUAAAACUGUCCGCCUUUGGGAUCACGCUACAAUGACAGAAGUGAAGUCUCUAAAUUUUAAUAUGUCUGUUAGCAGUAUGGAAUAUAUUCCCGAGGGAGAGAUUUUGGUCAUAACCUAUGGACGAUCUAUUGCUUUUCAUAGUGCAGUAAGUUUGGAUCCAAUUAAAUCCUUUGAAGCUCCUGCAACCAUCAAUUCUGCAUCUCUUCAUCCUGAGAAAGAAUUUCUUGUUGCAGGUGGUGAAGAUUUUAAACUUUAUAAAUAUGAUUAUAAUAGUGGAGAAGAAUUAGAAUCCUACAAAGGACACUUUGGUCCCAUUCACUGUGUGAGGUUUAGUCCCGAUGGAGAGCUGUAUGCCAGUGGUUCUGAAGAUGGGACUUUGAGACUGUGGCAGACCGUGGUAGGAAAAACAUACGGCCUCUGGAAAUGUGUGCUUCCUGAAGAAGAUAGUGGUGAGCUGGCAAAGCCAAAGAUCAGUUUUCCAGAGACGACGGAAGAGGAGCUAGAAGAAAUUGCUUCAGAGAAUUCAGAUUCGAUCUAUAGCUCAACUCCUGAAGUGAAGGCCUGAGUAUCAUGUAUAUGCCACAAGUAGUAUACAUUUACAGACUAAAACAAGCAAGCAGAGAAAAGCAUCGGCCUUCUAGAGUGGUCUCUGCUUAAGACAAACAUGGAGCACUGAAUACUGAGGAACGUGGACUAGCUCCGGUGCAGGAAGUAACUUGGUGUUACCUGUAAGUGAAAUGCAGAGUAUCCGAUGAAGGCAGGUGGAGUUACGCUCUGGUGGUGUGAUGGCCUGUUGUCUUCGUCAUGAAUAUGUGCAAGCCAAUGUUCAGUUUCUCUUACUACAGUUAGAUUCUUGUAGCUGUUUAUGUUAUUACGGUGAAGAAAUAUAUUGGCCUAUUUUUCUGACUUUUCCCUUAAAACAGGAAGUCUUUUUUUUGCUCAUUAUAAAGAAGAGGGAAUACAUGAUAAAGUAACUAGUUUGAUCUCUUGUUCAUUGUACACUGCUUCUGAAUAUCUAAUUGUUUUUGUUGCCUAAAUAAAAUGCCUCUAAAACAAAACAGUGUUUCUUGGGGAAAUUAAUAAAUUUGAGUUUUGUAAAUGGAAAUCACCUACAUCGUAACUGUAUCAAAACAAUCUGAUUAAAGAAUCUGUAGUAAACA